CACAGGCUUCAUAAAGGACGUCUCUCCAGCCACUACAUUAUUUUAUCCUUUAUUUCACAGAGGGAGCACAGAAGCUGCAAGAAGGGCAGCGCGAAGUAACGGCAGAAACUUCACAGCCUGUGGGUUUUGCACAGGAGAAGCAAUUAGGAGAGCAUGAGAAAACUUUAAAGGCACAUAAGGAAGACAAGCCUCAGAAACUGCUGGAAAUGAACGGACACACAUCGGUGCUGCAUUCCUAUGACUAUGAUCUCAUUGUCAUUGGUGGAGGCUCAGGUGGUCUGGCAGCUGCCAAGGAGGCUGCCAAAUAUGAAAAGAAAGUGCUGGUGCUGGACUUUGUCUUGCCUACACCUCUGGGAAACUCGUGGGGUCUUGGAGGAACAUGUGUAAAUGUGGGCUGUAUACCUAAAAAACUGAUGCACCAGGCAGCUUUACUGGGACAAGCCUUGCAAGAUUCACGUAAAUUUGGAUGGCAGUUUACAGAAGAAGUCAAACACAGCUGGAUGACUAUGACAGAAGCUAUUCAGAAUUACAUUGGUUCACUGAACUGGGGCUAUCGGGUUGCACUGAGAGAGAAGAAAGUCACAUAUGAGAAUGCAUAUGGAGAAUUUGUCGGGCCACACACAGUUAAGGCAACAAAUAAAAGAGGAGUUGAGAAGCUGUACACGGCUGAGAGAUUUCUCAUUGCCACUGGUGAACGGCCACGCUACCUGGGUAUACCUGGAGACAAGGAAUACUGCAUUAGCAGUGAUGAUCUUUUCUCUCUGCCUUACUGUCCAGGGAAAACCCUGGUGGUUGGAGCUUCCUACGUUGCCUUGGAAUGUGCAGGAUUUCUUGCAGGUCUUGGAUUAGAUGUCACUGUGAUGGUGAGAUCCAUUCUCUUAAGAGGAUUUGACCAGGAUAUUGCAAACAAAAUUGGUGAAUACAUGGAAGAACAUGGAGUCAACUUUAUUAAGGAGUUUGUGCCAAUCAAGGUUGAGCAGAUUGAGGCAGGAACUCCUGGAAGAUUGAAAGUUACAGCCAAGUCCACAAAGGGGAACCAAAUAAUUGAAGGAGAAUACAAUACUGUGAGUCCUGUCUGUAUAUGUAAAGAUGCAUGUACAAGAAAAAUUGGUUUGGACAAAGUUGGAGUGAAGAUCAAUGAAAAAACAGGAAAAAUUCCUGUCAACGAUGAGGAGCAAACAAACGUGCCGUAUAUCUAUGCUGUUGGAGAUAUACUGCAAGACAAGCUGGAACUCACACCAGUGGCAAUCCAGGCAGGAAGAUUGUUAGUUCAAAGGCUUUAUGCUGGGGCAACCAGUAAGUGUGACUAUGCGAAUGUUCCAACCACUGUAUUCACUCCUUUGGAGUAUGGAGCCUGUGGGUAUUCUGAAGAGACUGCGGUAGAGAAGUUUGGGGAGGAAAACAUUGAGGUGUACCAUAGUCAUUUCUGGCCACUGGAAUGGACUGUGCCAUCCAGAGACAACAACAGAUGCUAUGCGAAGAUAAUUUGCAAUAUUCAAGAUAAUGAGAGAGUCAUUGGUUUCCAUGUCCUUGGUCCAAAUGCUGGAGAAGUCACGCAAGGGUUUGCAGCUGCUAUGAAAUGUGGGUUGACAAAAGAACAGCUGGACAACACCAUAGGAAUUCAUCCCGUCUGUGCAGAGGUAUUCACCACUCUGUCCGUGACAAAGCGUUCUGGUGAAAAUACCCUUCAGGCUGGAUGCUGAGGUUAAAGACCCCCAUUCUUGUUAUUGCCAGAGACUGACUUUCAUCGCAAUGGCUAACUUGCGCAAUUCAGAAGAAAGGUUUUGGGAUAAGUCAUCCUCAGUCACCUGCGGAAACGCGUAGAUCUUAACCGGAACAUUCCCCCAUCCGAAGGAGAAGACCACUGUGGGAGUUGGCCACUUGCGAUGGUUGACUGGCAAUUAGCAAUGCAAUGGGAAUAUCGACCGUCGAGCUGUUGCUUAGCAGGGCAUUUAACGAAUGCUUUCAUGAAGUCAUAGCCUAAAGCCUGCAUUGUCUGGUGGGCAGUGAUGGAAGAACUG